AAGACUUUCCCCUGGUCCCAUUUUUUUUUUCUGCAUUAUGCCUGUUGAAGGAUUCAAAGUAGACGUUUCCAAAGCAGUUGGACACGAAUUUUCCCCGGAAAAGGUCAGCUGCAAUCGCCGCGAUUUCUUGCUUUAUGCUUUGGGCGUGGGCGUCAAGGAAGACGAGCUCAAGUAUCUUUAUGAACUCGAUGCCAACUUUGGUCCUCUGCCAACCUACCCCUUGGUGCUGACACUCAAGGGUGACAGUGGUGAUGUCAACUUAUUCAAAGAACGAGUACAAUCAGGUGGCGCUUUGCCGGGCAUGCCGCGUUACGAUCCCAACAAAAUCGUGCACGGCGAACAGUCACUUGAGGUCAUUAAUCCUUUCCCUCUCCAAGGUGGUGACUUCACGGCCAAAAAGACUUGCACUGGUGUCUAUGACAAAGGUUCAGGCAUGGUGAUUGAAACGACGAUUGACUUGUACGGCGUUCAAGAUAACGUGCAUUACACUCGCAUGGUUUCGAAAUCAUUUGUCCGUGGUUACGGCGGUUGGAACGGACCCAAAGGACCGAAAGCGGUGACCUAUGCACCUCCUAAGCGUAACCCUGAUGCCGUCGAAACGUUUGCCACUGCGGUGAACCAGGCACUUUUAUACCGGUUAUCGGGAGAUUUCAACCCCUUGCAUGCGGAUGUGGAGCUGGCUCCCAAGGUUGGAUUCCCCAAGCCGAUUCUGCACGGUCUCUGCACUUAUGGUGCAUGCGGCCACGCUAUUCUUAAGGCGCUGGCCAACAAUGACCCCAAUCGAUUCAAGUCCAUCGAAGCCCGCUUCGCCUCUCCCGUGUUCCCCGGCGAAACCGUGGAAAUCUACAUGUGGAAGGUCGACAGUCAAGAUCCAAAAACCGACGGCGUCAUCUUUGCUGCCAAAGUCAAAGAACGCGAUGUCGUUGUUAUCAACAACGGUUACUGUCAACUCUACAAGGAGCCUCGUGCCUCCAAAUUGUGAUUUUUGACUAAUCUAAUAAACUUGAUUUUACAAAAACGUGAAAAUUAAGUGGUGGUCAUUCAUAAGCAACGUUGUGGUCGGCCGUUGGGGCCUACAAGCAUAUGGUAUUUUGCAUCCUGACAGCCUCAUGGUGUAGGCUCGCUGGAUGGCUUACGUGUGUAGUCAUUGAUAAAGCGUAUAGCGCAAGUAUGUGGUGACCCAGCGCUUAUUUUAUGCCCGCCAUUCAUACGAAUUGGAUGCUUGCAUCGUCAUGCGAUUAUCAAAAAUAAACUGCAGCCCACUUGGAAGCUGAUGUAGUAAACUCGUUGUGCCUUUUUU